CGGGGCCGGAAGCCGGAACGCGCUGGGCAGGGUGUUCCGCGUUCGCGGGAGCGGCGGGCGCGGGCUGAGGCGGCCGCGCCCCGCCCGAGCCCCGGGGCCAUGACCGAGUACAAGCUGGUGGUGGUGGGCGCCGGCGGCGUCGGCAAGAGCGCGCUGACCAUCCAGCUCAUCCAGAACCACUUCGUGGACGAGUACGACCCCACCAUCGAGGAUUCAUAUAGAAAACAGGUUGUUAUUGAUGGAGAGACGUGCUUGUUGGACAUCCUGGACACUGCAGGGCAGGAGGAGUACAGUGCCAUGCGUGACCAGUACAUGAGGACGGGGGAAGGAUUCCUCUGUGUCUUUGCUAUUAACAACAGUAAAUCAUUUGCUGAUAUUAAUCUUUACAGAGAACAGAUAAAGAGAGUGAAAGAUUCAGAUGAUGUGCCAAUGGUGCUAGUUGGGAAUAAGUGUGAUUUGCCAACCAGAACAGUAGACACGAAACAGGCUCAAGAAUUAGCAAAGAGCUAUGGAAUCCCCUUCAUAGAGACAUCUGCUAAAACACGACAGGGUGUGGAAGAUGCUUUUUACACACUGGUGCGAGAGAUCCGGCAGUACAGGAUGAAGAAGCUCAACAGCAACGAAGAUGGGAACCAAGGCUGCAUGGGAUUGUCUUGUGUUGUGAUGUGAUAAGAUGCCAAGGACAUGUGGGUCAGAUGCAGCUGCUGGACGAGUCUCGAUGCUACUGUCCUGCAUCUCAUGCUGAUGCCCUGCAGUAUUUUGGUGCCAGUGACCAGAACCUUGGUACCAGUUAAUUAGCACAAGGUCCUUUCUGUGCUCCAUCUGAAAAGAACAUCUCUGGCAUCUACCUCCUUGCUCAGCCAAUGGAGCAGUCACAUCUCUUGAUGUACUGGGAUUCUUUUCUCACUGUGUUAUGUGGGUUUGUUCAAGAAGAAAACCAGUCACAGGAAAAGUGAACGAUAGAGACUAAAUGCUGUGAAAAAGAUGACACUUUACCUCUAGAGUAAAAGCUAGAAGUGAUAUUUGUCCCCUUUUUGUUGGAUUCUGAUUUGCAGUGCUGUCAGAGGAGUGGCACUAAUCAUUGCUUGGCAGGUAAUGUCAGAAAUGGUUUUGUCACCACAAAUGCUCUGUCCCAGGUUGGUAUCUGCUCUCUCUGCACCUGUACAGCCUAUUUGCAACAUCUCUUUUGUGCCAGGAGUACCACUUAACGGAUCCUUCACUUUCUGUAAUAAAAAGGACAUAUCUUUCCUAACUUAAGUGCCUGUUUGCUAAGAAGAUUUGAAGUUGUCCACUGUUCCCUUGGGUUGAGGAAAACCCCAAGGACUGGAAUUUCCUGGGAGCUCAUUUUCUUAAGCAGGCAAGUCUUGUGUGGGUGAUCUCUUGGCCUGACAGGAUACUAAAAGAGGAAUUUGUAGGCUGGAAGAUCUGGCAGGCACUUGUAAGACUCUUUAACUAGGGAGGGGGACAAGACUGCAUCUGUGUUCUACUUUCUUUAUAGGUGGAACUGUUUAUAUUCUGUAUUGUCUUUCUGCAGCAUUCAGAUCUCUUCCCUUUCCAAGAUGGACCAAAUCAGUCAGCUGUUAAUUUUUAACAUUAGCUGCCAACAUUUAUGGGCAGCUUCUCAACGGUUAAUCUAGUAACUGGAGGUUAGUUAGUUAGGACAGCUGUUACUCAGCUCUGUCUGUAGCUUGCAAAUUAUUUUAUUCUAAAUUAUUUUCUUACCACUAGACUGUUACCAUUGUCUCUUCAAAAUGUCUCUCUGUAACAUGUAGUUGGAGAGUCUUCUUGUCAGGGGAGCAGCAUGGGGAUUCAGGCUGACUCUGGUGCAGGAGUUGUCACAGAGUUGGUACGUCCCCACUGAGGGGAAAAGGCAAGGAGCUGCAACAGAAAACUGAGCAGCUUCUGAUUACAGCAUCCUUGCAGAAUGAGGAAGGAAGUGAGCUCAGUGAUGAUUCUGCAGAGGGUGUACAAUAAACUGAUGGGAAUUCUGGGCUUGUUCAAACAGCCUCCGAGUGUGAGAGAAUUGCUGUGCAAGCUGGAUGUGUUCUUCCUAGAACAAAGCAUUGUCCCCUCGUGUAACUGGGACAACCAAGUGUGGUCACUGUUGCAAAACCUACCGGUGUUCUUGGAAUACUGUGUUCUUCUCUAGUUCUUGAGCUGCUGAUAGUGGAUUCUGCUCUGUGUGGUCAGUGUAUCCCACAGCGAAGCUGAAUUUCCAGUUCCUGAUGGAAGAGUAAUAAGCAUUCAGCCAACAGAGGGAGCGUUCAGUCAGUCUGCCAAACCAGUGUGAGCAGAGAGAUUUCAAGAGGCUUAAUUUCAGUUUGUUGGUGUUGGAUUCAUACAACUUAAUUUGGAGUUCUCAGUUUCAAAUGGAAAUCAGAAAUUGGUAAAUACUGAGAGAAGAAAUUGUUCCUUUUAAUACUCCUUCUUUUGCUACUUACAUUCUUAAUUCUCUUCUUGGAAUUAAGAGGAUCAAUCUGCAUCAAAUUUUCUUUACCUGUGAUAAUCCUUUUAAGUACUUCUUGCAAUUUAUUUUACCCUUGACUGAUGUGACACUGGUAAGAAUUAAAAAUACAAUAUUUUUACAUAAAACAUUAUUUUCCAGCAACAUACACAGUGGUAGGCAGCAUUAUGGAUAGCACUGGCUGUGACUCAAAUUUGUUUGAGGAUGAUCUCAUGCCUGCAAGUUAAAAGUGACAGAAUUGCCACCACUGCACAUAGACUCAGCAUUUGGAAAGACAGCAAAGCAGAGGUCACGGUGUGUUGGAAUGGUGACGUCCUGUCACCUGGUUUCAUGUGUGGCUUUUGUUUAUUUGGGAAACGUAGGAGUUUCUUUCCUGGCAAGCAGGAUUGCAGAGUUCAGAGCAUGGCCACGUGCUGCCCAUGGCCAUGGGAAGCCUUUGCAGCUGGCAUUUGAUGUUUGAGGGUUGCAUGGUCAAGUAUGGAAAAUUACUUCUUUUGGAUGGAGGUUCCUCGUAGUAAUUCUCUACAUUGUGUGUCAUGUUCUAGUCAUUAAAAUGUACUGGCUGUAACUCCAAAAGUUGUAGAUUCUCAGAAUUGUAUGAGAACUGGCCAAUGUAUCCACUUGCUUUUUGGUGUUCUCUUUCUCUUGGGCUAUAUAAAAUCUUAAAAGGGAAGAAGAGCUGGUAAGAUGAGUCCGUAUGUAUUUCAUGUUUGGAACCUCAGAGGGGGGUGCAUGAGCUUUUAGGAUGCUGCAGAGCUGACCUACACAGGCAGUGCUCCCAUCUGCAUUAUUUUGGGUUCAAAUCUAGUGAAUGAUAGAAAAUCAGGGUGCUGUACUAGUUGUAUGAAGUAAAAAGUUGUACUUUGUUUCCAGCUAUCUAUGUAAGAGAACCUUGACUUUGGUGGCAACUGAGAGAGAACUGUGGAAGGACAAACCUCCCAGAACUUUUGGGAAAAUUAUUUAGAAGAUAAGCACAGAAGUGUUUGCACAAGAACAGGUCCCUGGAAAAGGUAGUUUUGUAGAUUUAGUCCAAAUGUUGUUAUUUAGAACUAGCAGCUUAACACCUUGUUGAUGCGAAGCUUACUUUACUAUCUUAACUGGGAAGAACAGACAUAAACAGCUGUGAGGUAAAAUACUAAAGAAGAGUAAAGCUCUUGUUCAAAAAUUACAAGUGUCAACAACUGAAAUAAAUGUUUCUGUUAUCGUGGAUUGAGAACAGCUGUUUGAUGAGAUCAUGUAACUCUGUGGCUUGUUACUGUUGGUGUUCCCACUCCAUGGUCUUGUUCAAACAACACUGCUCAAGUUUUGUUCUUACUCGUAUCAGUAGGACUUUGGAUAGUAACCAUGAUGCUUAAGUCAUGAUAAUUGUUAACACAGUUUGAUGAAAGCAAUUUCGGGCCUAUGGGGGGAAGGAGAGCAGUGGAAGUUUGAAUUACAUUCUGAUCUAUAUGUGGUCCUCCUUUACUCCUCAAGCCUUAAGUGACUGUAUAACCUCCAGGAUGGUAGGGAAUUGUUGGGAUCUGGACUUAUUAUUCAAGGGCUAAUUUGUUGUUACUUUGUAUAAUUAUUUGCUUUCAAUAAUGCAUCUCUUUUGGUUUGAAUUGAAGUAAAUUAUUUUGCUUCUUAAAUAACUUUUUUAAAGAAUAAACUUGGAAUUCUUUGGUUGUU